AUGAUCCUGUGGGACGACCGGGGCCUGUGUUGUGACGGACUGGGUCAGAGGCCCUGUGGGACCGACCGGGGCCUGUGUUGUGACGGACUGGGUCAGAGGCCCUGUGGGACCGACCGGGGCCUGUGUUGUGACGGACUGGGUCAGAGGCCCUGUGGGACCGACCCGGGCCUGUGUUGUGACGGACUGGGUCAGAGGCCCUGUGGGACCGACCGGGGCCUGUGUUGUGACGGACUGGGUCAGAGGCCCUGUGGGACCGACCGGGGCCUGUGUUGUGACGGACUGGGUCAGAGGCCCUGUGGGACCGACCGGGGCCUGUGUUGUGACGGACUGGGUCAGAGGCCCUGUGGGACCGACCGGGGCCUGUGUUGUGACGGACUGGGUCAGAGGCCCUGUGGGACCGACCGGGGCCUGUGUUGUGACGGACUGGGUCAGAGGCCCUGUGGGACCGACCGGGGCCUGUGUUGUGACGGACUGGGUCAGAGGCCCUGUGGGACCGACCGGGGCCUGUGUUGUGACGGACUGGGUCAGAGGCCCUGUGGGACCGACCGGGGCCUGUGUUGUGACGGACUGGGUCAGAGGCCCUGUGGGACCGACCGGGGCCUGUGUUGUGACGGACUGG